CGAGAGGAGAGGAGGGGCGGGACGGGGCAGAGCUGUCAAUCACCCGGGCCCCGGCAGCUCGCGCUCUCAAUCUCCAGUUGCAAUUUUCCAACAUGGCUUCGACUGGAAAGUGUACCCGGUUCACCGAUGAAUACCAGAUCCACGAGGAGCUCGGCAAAGGCGCUUUCUCCACCGUCCGCAGAUGUAUCAAACUGUCGACAGGGCAGGAAUAUGCCGCGAAAAUGAUUAACACGAAAAAACUCCCUGCCAGAGACCAUCAGAAGUUGGAGAGGGAAGCUCGGAUCUGUCGGCUGCUGAAGCACUCCAAUAUCGUUCGGCUCCAUGACAGCAUUUCAGAAGAAGGAUACCACUAUCUUGUGUUCGACUUGGUGACCGGGGGUGAAUUGUUUGAAGAUAUCGUAGCCAGAGAGUACUACAGUGAAGCAGAUGCGAGUCAUUGCAUCCAACAGAUCCUAGAGGCCGUGCUCCACUGCCACCAGAUGGGGGUUGUCCAUCGAGACCUCAAGCCUGAAAACUUGCUGCUUGCCAGUAAGUGCAAAGGUGCGGCAGUGAAGCUGGCUGACUUCGGACUGGCCAUCGAAGUUCAAGGAGAGCAGCAGGCCUGGUUUGGUUUUGCAGGGACACCUGGAUACCUCUCUCCUGAGGUACUUCGAAAAGAAGCCUACGGGAAGCCAGUGGAUAUCUGGGCAUGUGGAGUCAUUCUCUACAUCUUGCUCGUCGGCUACCCGCCCUUCUGGGACGAAGACCAGCACAAGCUCUACCAGCAGAUCAAGGCUGGCGCUUACGAUUUUCCUUCCCCUGAGUGGGACACAGUCACUCCAGAGGCCAAGAAUCUCAUCAACCAGAUGCUGACGAUAAACCCUGCCAAGCGGAUCACCGCCACUGAAGCCCUGAAGCAUCCAUGGGUCUGCCAACGAUCCACUGUUGCAUCAAUGAUGCAUCGCCAAGAGACCGUGGAAUGCUUGAAGAAAUUCAAUGCCAGGCGAAAACUGAAGGGUGCCAUCCUUACAACCAUGUUAGCAACACGGAACUUCUCAGUGGGCAGGCAGACCACUGCGCCAGCUACAAUGACCGCUGCGGCCAGCGCGACCGUUGGUCUCGUUGAACAAGCAGCCAAAAGUUUACUAAACAAGAAGGUUGAUGGAGUGAAGAAAAGGAAGUCAAGUUCCAGUGUUCAAUUAAUGCCUCAGACAAACAGCACCAAAAACAACGUAGUAACCAGUCCCAAAGGAAACAUUCCCUGCCCUGCACUGGAGCCACAAACUACUGUCAUCCAUAACCCUGUGGAUGGGAUAAAGGAGUCUUCGGACAGCAGCAACACAACAAUCGAAGACGAAGAUGUUAAAGCCAAGGCCGCUGAGAGCAGUGCUGUAAGGAACCAAUCUGGUGCUGUGCCUCAGGCCGAGGUGCUUCAGUCUUCACAUCCUCCGCCUCCUGUACUCUCCUCUCUCUCUCUGUCAGUGUCUUACUUUUUUUCCUUGUUCAACUUACGGAAAAACAAAACAUUGAAAUAUAUUGCUGCAAAGUUUACAGAUGCUCUUAGCAGUGUGCGGAGAGGGUCAGGCACCUUCCCUGAACAUGAAGGCACCCCGAUUGCUGCUCCUCAGCCGCAGAUGCCUCCUCUCACUCCCUCCUCCGUGCCUUCACCAAAGUUUACAGACGUUUUAAAGAGUGUGCGCAGAGGCUCAGCGCCCCUUCCUGAACCCGAGUGCGGCCAAUCUGUGCAGACACCACCUCUCAGUCCCUUCACCUCUGUACCCCUUGCUAAAGGUUUGGACCGAGUAAGUGUAAAAAGUCAAUCCAAUGAUUCCAAGAGGCCCCUCAGUUCACCUCCUCCGAUACAGUCUCGCAAGCAAGAAAUCAUCAAAUUAACUGAACAGCUUAUCGAAGCAAUUAAUAAUGGGGAUUUUGAAGCAUAUGCGAAGAUUUGUGACCCAGGACUGACAUCGUUUGAGCCUGAAGCACUGGGCAAUCUCGUUGAAGGAAUGGACUUCCACAGGUUUUAUUUUGAGAACUUGUUAGCUAAAAACAAUAAACCCAUCCACACAACUAUUUUGAAUCCCCACGUCCAUUUGAUCGGGGAAGAUGCUGCCUGCAUAGCAUACAUCCGACUCACCCAGUACAUAGACAUUCAGGGUAGGCCGCGGACAACCCAGUCAGAGGAGACGCGGGUCUGGCACCGCCGGGACAGCAAAUGGCAGAACGUUCACUUCCACUGCUCGGGUGCCCCAGCAGCACCACUCCAGUGAAGAGCUGAAGGAGUUAACAGAGUUGUGUUCCGAGCAAACAUUCUAGCCGAGCCGCGAUCUGGUGGCCUCUGAAGACCAGCAGUGACAUGCACGUGUCCGCAUGCACAUUAUGCUCCUGGUGGCUGCAUAAUUGUCACGUUCGUGGAACUAUAUGGUGUUUCUUUCAGCCGUCUCAAGAUGCAGACAUUUAAAAAAAAAACAAAAAAAAUUACAAAAGGCUACUGUAUAUGUACUUUAUAUAAAUCAUAUUUGAUGGCAGUGAUUUGUACAAUUCAUUCAAAACAUUUGCCAAAGCAUGAAGGUUAAAAUUUAAUGGUGAUUAUCCUAAUGUUGGAGGGUUCGUGUUCCAUUUUACAUUUUCUUGUACACUAAAAAUGUGUCAUUUGUUCUUUGGAAAGCAUAGAUUUUGAUGUAGUUAUGCUUGUCUCAGUGGAACUCAGGGCAGUUGGAUACAAGGCCCUGCUACUUCCACUGGCACUUUUUGUGUGGUUUAAGGCAGAAGACAGCCAACAUUUCGUUGAAACCGGCCUCGUGACUAGAUGUUAACUGGGAAAACGAAGUAUUCUUCUGCCAUCACCAAAUUGUGACAGGAAGUUGCUCCUGUGCAACUUAAGUACAUGAAGAAAUAUGGCAACCGGAUUUAUCAUUUCUUAUGCCUUUUGUGUGUGUGUUGAAAAAGUUAGCUCAAUUUAUGGACUUUUCUCUUGUUUUGUGUGAAAUGUGUUUAUUUGAUAUAACAAAGUUUAAAGUAAAUAACUUAAAAAAAGGUAACAGGUACAUGUGAAAAUUGAAAAGUUUCAGUAGAAUUCUUCCCAGAUUAUAUUCAUUUAAGAAGUGAAUGAGUUAACUAUAUCAUAAUUAAAGUAGCAAGACCCAAUACAGUGUUCUUUACUGUUUCCUUAUACUGUGCUACCAACUCUAGAGUUUAUGAGAAACCUGUUGCCAUCUAUUAACUGUAUAUGCAUUUUUACAGAGUUGAUGCAUGUUAUAUAUUUAUAGCCAAUAAUUUUGUGUUGAACUGCCAAUAUGGGUUCAGAUGAUGUACCAAGUUUUCCUGCUUUCAAUUGCACAUUCUUGGAUGCGUGCAGUAAUACAAUGUGAUGCCUAAGCUCCUUGUGGCUGGACAGCCUCUCAGAAAGGCAUGAUCACUUUGUUGUUUCUUUGUUAAGCUUGUGUAGAAAAUAGUUUACUGAAAUGGACAACGGAAUUUUUUUGCAUGACACAGUUAACCCUGUUAGUUUCUAAAAUAAUUGCCUGUAGAGCUAUACGUUUCUCUUUGCCUCUCCUUUCUGAGCUUAGUAACAGCGACAUUUUUGUCUGAUGAUGUGUAAUAGAAACCUGGUUUGCAUGCAUUCUACUGACCAUUUAACGAUUUUGCGCAGGGGCUGUGAAAACGCAUCAACAGGACUCCUCUUUUUGUUUUUAUGGAUGUUUUAAAUUAGACAGCUAGGGGUCUUAAUUGUAAUGAGCUGUGCGUGGAUCAUAUUUUUUUAUUUUUUUUUACGAGGGCUGUGGAACCCAUGAAUUAAACAAAUGAGUUUUACCUCAUUUAUGCCUCGCGUGGCUUUAAGUGUGGAAAAAGUUGAUUUUGCUGGAGAUAUUUUUACGGUUGAAAAUGAUGGACUAUAUUUGCUUUUUACACAGCAACUUGCCUGAAUAUGAAAUGUGAUUUCUUUUUAAUUAUUCAAGUUCUCUGCAGCUGAAAUUCUGUCAGGUCUGGUUUAUAUGAGGACAAAAACAUUAUGUUACAGGAUGUGGUCUAUGUGUUCCUCUCACCAUUUAAAAAUUGUUGAUAUGUCAGAAAUAAAACUUGACUCUAUGACUAUUGUGCGAAAUGCUUGUUUUGUGAAUUAAU